UCGGUGCCUUCCCGGCUCUCCGGUUCCCGGGGCGCGCGGCGCCGGCAGCAGCGGCAGGAGCGACCAGGCCAUGAGCAGCCGAGGAGCCGCCCGGCCGAACGGGCAGUCCCAGCCCAGUAAGAUCUGCCAGUUCAAACUGGUGCUACUGGGCGAGUCGGCGGUGGGGAAAUCCAGCCUGGUGCUGCGCUUCGUCAAGGGCCAGUUCCACGAGUACCAGGAGAGCACCAUCGGCGCCGCGUUUCUCACACAAUCCGUCUGCCUGGACGACACGACGGUGAAGUUCGAGAUCUGGGACACGGCCGGGCAGGAGCGGUACCACAGCCUGGCCCCCAUGUACUACCGGGGGGCUCAGGCCGCCAUCGUGGUCUACGACAUCACCAACCAGGAAACCUUCGCGCGCGCCAAGACCUGGGUGAAGGAGCUGCAGCGCCAGGCCAGCCCCAGCAUCGUCAUCGCCCUGGCCGGCAACAAGGCCGACCUGGCCAGCAAGCGCAUGGUGGAGUACGAGGAGGCGCAGGCGUACGCCGACGACAACAGCCUCUUGUUCAUGGAGACGUCGGCCAAGACGGCCAUGAACGUCAACGAUCUCUUCUUGGCCAUCGCCAAGAAGCUGCCAAAGACGGAGCCGCAGAGCACGGGGGGCGCCGGGGGCCGCAGCCGGGGGGUCGACCUGCACGAGCAGAACCCGCAGAGCCGGAGCCAGUGCUGUAGCAACUGAGGAAGACCCCGGAGCGCCCCCCCCCACCCAAAAUAAACCCUCCCUCCUUUAACGGCACUUUUUAACGCUUCGAAACCGCCACCAGACACCGUCAGCACCGAGAGCCGCCGGGGACUUAACGUCGAGAAACCAACAGAGGACGACAAACUCUUCUUCACUUUGUAUUAUAGGUGCAAAUAGCGCCCUGAUAUUCUCAUUUUUGGUUCGUUUUGGGGUUGUUUUGUUGGUUUUUUUUCUCCCUUCAUCAUCUUCCCGCCCACGCCCCCCUCUGCUAUUUCACGUUGGACAAACCGGAGACCCCGGAAAACUCGGGGUUCUGUCGUGGAUUCCUUUAUAAUUUGUAUUAUUUUGGGUUUGUUUCCCCCCCCCCACCACCGUUUCUCCCAUUUUGCUGCCGGGGGGAGAAAAGCUGCAGCGUCCUCAAUUUCUUCCCGGGUGGCCUUUGUUGUUUUUUGCUGGAGGAUCGGACGUGCCUGGGGGUGUUUUAUGGGGGGGGGGGGUACCCCUGUACCCCGUGCCCCCUCCCCGAUCUCUGGUUUGCACUUUACUCCUGGAAAUACCCCCAUUUUGGGGUGGUUUUUCCUUUGGUCCUGGGCGGGGGGGGGCGGGGGAUGCUGGGGUUGUGGGGUGGAGGGACCCGUCCCCAAUGAAACCCCCCCCUAGGGGGGGUGGGCAGAGAAACCCCCUCCCCACCCCCCACAGGCAACGGCUUGGGCUUUGUUUUACUUUGGGGUGGGGUCCGGUUGGCGGAGCCCCCCCCCCAUAAUAUUGAUGACUCUUUAACCAGGGUGUGUGGGGACCCCGAGCGGUGACCCCCAUCCCCCCGCGCCCCCCACCCCAGACCAAACGGGGGACGCUGCAGCUUUUCUCGCUCUUUCUCGCUUCUUCUCCCAUAAUUAUUCCUCUUUGGGUUUUAAGUUUGUUUUCUUUGAGAAAGCUCCUCCGUCGCAUUCGAAUAACAAAUCAUGAUAACAGAACUCAACAACCGCUGUAUUUAAUGUAAGUAAACGAGAAAAAAAUUGAAGGAAAACAA